UAGAAAAAAAAAUAAAUUUCGAGGCUUGCAGGCUGAUCCUUUAAUUCUUUUGUAAAUUCUUUUGUAAAAGUGAAUUUAUUCAAUUAUGCUUAAUAUUCACUUGAAAGUCAGCUUACAUGAAAUGGUUUUUAUUCGAUGAUCAUACACGAUUUAUUUGACGUACUGAUGCAAAGAAAAUGACUGCAAAAAAUUAAUGACUGAAAUCAUCCAUUUUUUACGUCUUUCGUAACGAAACCCAGAGAUUCGAUGGUAUUAUCGAUUUCUAUAAAUAAAAAAAGUAUGAAAAAAUCAAUUUAAUGAAAAAAGGAUUAUAAGACGUUGCAAGCGCAACGACGAUAUGUAAAUAGAUUUGCUUCGCUGAUACGGUACUCUUCGUUGAAUAACGCGAUCCGAGCGUGUAUUUUCAUGACCGAAGGAGAAAAUCAAUACGACAAACAAUAGAUAUAGUUGAGUGGGAUGAUGCGGCCCUUGCAGUAAGGCGUUAGCAUGCAGGAAUGGUUUUGGCACGUUCCAGUAUUCGCGCGCGUGGCGAACGAGAGCAACGUGGAUGAGUGUUCCGUCAAGUUUUCAUCCACAGUGAUUUCGCGAGUCGCAUGAUGGGCGAGAAACCGGAAGGGACCAAAGAAAUGAACUUUUGACGUAAUAUUUGCUGCUCUGACGAAUAAUCCGAGUUAAAAUGGCUGAUUACUCGAACGAAGAGGACUGGCGAAUCGCGAGACGAGGAUUGUCACUUUUUUUAAAUAACAAACCCGAGGAAGCUGAAAUUAUAUUCGCUCUUCGUUCAAACAGUUUUCACACUAAAACCGCUCGAUGCUUCGUUCUAUUUAUGAAUGCACUCAUGACGUUCGAGGAUGAAAAACUGGUCGCAGCAGUCGAGACGCUCAAGAACACUGAGAGGGAAUGCGCGAAUGACGCGGGUUGGCUGAAAUCCAUAACGAGCAGAGUGUUUAGGACAGAGCAGGAUGUAACGACGCCCUCGGGAUUUCAGAGUGAAUAUGCGAGGCGCCUCGAGAGACAAAUCGUUCUCGCUGACACGAAGGUUUGCAGCGCCAUGCUCACACUUCUGCAGCAGGAAGUCAGUGGAUAUGUUCGAGGGGGUUGGAUGAUGCGAAAAGCUUGGAGAAUUUAUCAGCACACGUAUUUGCAGAUUCUGCAACUGUAUCGUCGUACCUUUGGAACAAAUCCCACAGGAUUGAAUGAUCGCAAUAUAGAUUUGGAUAGGCUAAGCAACGUGCAACCAGGUCCAACACCACCGCGUCGUUGUCGUUCAUCAUCUUCCUGCUCGAUGGCAUCUUCGCUGAGCGUUUCACCAACCGGGACCUCGGCGUCGUCGCCGACGUCGACGAUCGCUUCACCUUCUCCCUCGUCCUUGCGAACAUCGAUAUCGAUGCUCUUCUCGCUCACUGGUAUCACAGCCGCCUCUUCAACAGAUCAGCAAUCUACUUUCGUCGAGCCCGGGGAAGUGGUGCGCUUAAUGUCAGCUGUGAGCUUCGGUUAUGGGAUAUUUCAACUGUGUGUCAGUUUGGUACCACCGUCGUUGUUGAAAUUGAUUCAUUUGUUGGGAUUCGAGGGCGACAGAAAAGCUGGUCUCACAUCUUUGAUGUACGCACGUCUCAGCGAAGAUAUGCGUGCACCUCUUGCCACGCUGUCGCUUCUGUGUUAUCAUACGAUUGUUAGGCCGUUCUGUUCCCUCCACGAUUGGAGCGUAAGUUCUGGAGUCGAUGCUGCCAAACAAUUGAUCGCUGAGUGCCGCUCGGAGUUUAACGAUGCAGCGCUCUUUCUCUUUUUUACAGGUAGAACCGAACGGCUUCAGUCGAAUAUCGAGGCUGCACUCGAAGCUUAUGAAAAAGCAGUUGAGUCGUCCGCCCAGAGGGAAAUAAAACUGCUCUGUCUCCAUGAGAUUGCGUGGUGCCAUUUAAUUCGAUUGAAUUAUGCCCAAGCUCACGUUUCGUUCGCACGAUUACAACGCGAAUCCCGGUGGUCCGAGAGCAUUUACGCUUACCUCGCAGCUGCUUGUGCCGGCGCUGACAACAAACCUGAAAUCACUCUGCGAAUCCAUCGGGAAAUAACAACUACGUUGACCGGUAACGGCUCGUCGAAGUCGACUCAGCUCGAUUUAUUCGUACUUCGAAGACUCUCCAAGUUGAUAGACCACAAUGGACAAUCGUAUUGCCAAACUUAUUACAGACUCUUAGUUUACGAACUUCUUUACCUCUGGAACGCCAUGCCCUCCAGCUCGAGAGAAACGCUUGGUGUUGUCAUUUCUGAGUGCAGAGGAUUCGAUCGCAGCAAGGAAGAACCGAUGAUCGGUUUGGCCGAUCUCAUUGCCGGUGCCGCUCAUUCCUAUCGUGGAGAAAAUGUAGCGGCUACUAAAUCUUACAGAAAGUGUCUGGAGCGACGUAGCGCCGAGAAUAAAAAUACUGAGACGUCCGCUACCGGGCAAGAAAAUCGUCCUCUCGAUCAGCACGUGAGUGCAUUCGCGCUCUAUGAAAUGGGAAGCAUACUCUGCGCUACCGAUCGCGUGGAAGAAGGAAAGAGCGCAUUAAUCAAGGCUCAAACCGAGUACAGUGAUUACGAUUUUGAAAAUCGUUUAAACGUUCGAAUACACUCCGCCCUGAAAGCCCUCAGUCGAUUAUAUGUCGUCAACCAGAUGAGCUCACGUAAUGGUUGCUGCCGAUGUCACAAUAACUCGGGCAGUAGUACUUCAUUAGAAUAUUUGCCAACUCCCUGGUACUGCAAGCUUCUCAAGCCUCUGACGUUUUUUAUAGUAACAACUAUGCUAGCUCUAUCCGCCAUUCAUCUCUGGAGUGAGUUUUCAGCGAGUGAUUCAUUCUGGAUAAUAAAAUCGGAUUUGGGAAAAUUGAGAAGUCAAAUGAGCACCCUUUCGAUGGAAGUUAAGAAUAUAAUAGAAACCCGAGACGAAUUGAGAAGCAAAUUACGAGAAGUCAGUUACGUUGUUCCAAAAAUGUCCGAAGAAAUCGGGAAACUUAGGGAAGAGCUUUCGGAGGGUUGGUCAGAAGACUAAUGAAGCAAAAGAAUUAUUGAUCCAGUCAAGUAAUAAUUCACGUUUUUUUUAUGGAUUUCAGCCCACACGAGAGUCGUUACAGGUGGAGUAUCGCCGGAGAGUAUCAGGGAUUUGGUAAAAAGCGAGUUGCAAACUUACGACGCCGAUAAAACCGGAAGGACGGACUACGCUCUCGAGACUUUAGGUGGAUCGAUUAUAUCGACGAGAGAUACCGAACCCUAUACAGCAGGUGCUCCUGUUUUAUCCUUGUUCUGGCUGCCGAUUUGUCCUCAACAAAACACUCCGCGAACAGUGAUCCAGGCAGGUUCACUUCCAGGCGAGUGUUGGGCAUUCAAAGGAUCCACAGGUUCUGUUGUUAUUCGACUCAUGGGUUUCGUCCAGGUGACAGGAGUCAGCCUCGAACAUAUUACCUCGUUGAUAGCCCCGGACGGUGACACCACUGCAGCGCCCAAAGAUUUCACUGUAUGGGGACUUGACCACGUUGACGAUAAAGAUGGUUUUCUCUUCGGCGAGUUUACAUACGACAAUCGUGCAGCCUCGACUCCUCUUCAAUACUUUCCAGUUCAGUUUCAGGCGCAAGAGCCGUACGAAAUAAUCGAGCUGAGGAUUCAUUCGAACUGCGGAAAUCCGGAUUAUACUUGCGUCUACAGACUUCGGGUACACGGUAGUUUAGAUACAAGUUGCGAUUCGAAGCAGCAGCAGCAGCAGCAUCACUCAUCGUCAGCUUAUCCGUUAAUCAAUCAUUCGUUCUCGGUUUAUUUAUCUCGUCAGGUUUCGUCGUAUGUAUCAUUAUUGUUAUACGUAUACAUAGUACAUUUUAAUCCUCUCGUGGCUAUAACGCAUUUACUUCGAGUCUAAAUAAAGACAUGAAUCGCAUAAUA